AUGAGGACCAAGUUGAUAUCCCUGUUCCUAUUCUUAAUUCCCCUUGUCCUUCGCAACUAUGCGCGCGCGCAUGAAGAUCUGUUUAAUGAGCACAUCACUACCAUACACGAUGGAGAGCUGAACAAUUUUAUUACGAAAAAUGACGUUGUGCUGGUUAUGUUUUUCGCGCCUUGGUGCGGACACUGCAAGAGACUGAUCCCGGAGUACAACGAAGCGGCGAACAUGCUGGCGGAGCAGAAAAGCCAAAUAAAGCUAGCCAGCGUAGACGCCACCACGGAAAACGCCCUAGCACAGGAGUAUGGAAUAACAGGGUACCCCACCAUGAUCAUGUUUAAUAAGAAGAACAGAGUCAACUACGGAGGAGGAAGAACAGCCCAGUCAAUCGUCGACUGGCUUCAACAAAUGACCGGUCCAGUAUUCACAGAAAUUACCACAAACAUAGAGGAUGUGUUGAAGGAAAAAAAUAUCUCUGUAGCAUUUUAUUUAGAGUAUACAUCUGAAGAUAAUGAGUUAUAUAAAAGCUUUAACGAAGUUGGAGACAAGAACAGAGAAAUUGCAAAAUUUUUCGUUAAAAAAAAUAAUAAACAUAAUAAAAUAUUCUGCUACAGAAAGGACGAGAAGAAAGUGGAAUACGACGAGAAGGUACCGCUAAGUGAAUUCGUGUCCACUGAAUCCUUCCCCCUCUUCGGAGAAAUCAACACUGAAAAUUAUCGCUUCUAUGCAGAGAGCCCUAAGGAAUUGGUAUGGGUGUGUGCAACAACUGAACAGUACAAUGAAAUAAAAGAGGAAGUCAGACUUGCUGCAUCUGAAUUGAGAAAAAAAACACACUUCGUCCUUUUGAACAUUCCUGAAUAUGCUGAUCAUGCUAGAGCUUCAUUAGGAUUAAAUGAAUUCCCAGGCUUAGCUUACCAGUCUAGUGAAGGACGAUACUUAUUACCCAAUGCCAAGGAGUCUUUACAUAACCACAAAGCCAUUGUAACUUUUUUUAAACAAGUAGAAGAGGGAAAAGUUGAAAAGUCUUUAAAAUCAGAACCCAUUCCUGAAGAUGAUAAAGCUGCUCCUGUAAAAGUGGUUGUUGGAAAUUCCUUCAUUGAUGUUGUCCUUAAGAGUGGCAAAGAUGUCCUGAUCGAAAUUUAUGCUCCAUGGUGUGGGCACUGCAAAAAAUUAGAACCCAUUUAUGAAGACCUUGGUAGGAAAUUAAAAAAAUAUGACUCCAUCAUUGUUGCUAAAAUGGAUGGUACUCUUAACGAAACACCAAUUAAAGAUUUUGAAUGGUCAGGAUUCCCCACCAUCUUCUUCGUCAAGGCCGGCUCAAAAAUACCAUUACCCUAUGAAGGAGAGAGGUCAUUAAAGGGCUUUGUAGCCUUUCUGAAUAAGCAUGCCACUAACACGCCCAUCUCGCUGGAGGGAGUACCAGAUAUGGAAGAUGGCACUGCAGACGAGUUAUAA